AUGCUCCCUGCAGCUGACACCACGGAGGAAGCUCAGGACAUAGAGCCAGCUGUCGACUCUAUCCCGAAGUCGCAAGCGACGCCCUUCCCGCUCCCGUGCGCUCUGAUAUCUAUCAGUCCAGAGUGUUCCGAGCAGCAGCGGUCGGAUGCGAUCUACCGAAAUAUCCGCCUGCUCGAGCGCGCACUGGAGGAGCAGAAGAUACGCAUUGCUACAUCGCAGACACGGUGCUUCUACCUCCAGUGCAAGCUGCGCGUUCUGCAGAGGAAGCUCGAUGCCCAAAGUUUGAAGCACAAGGAGAAGGUCUGCAGGAGCGAGCUCUGCUUCAUGGUUCGACGCGCGCGUAAAGCAGGAGGGAAACGUCGGAGAAGAGACCCCAGCUAA